GUUGUUGAAAUAUCUAAGUGCGCACCUCAUUGUCUCAUAUUAGUUGACUUGUUGCAUUACGCAGAGCGCACAACAGCACUUCAAUUUCGGAGGUAAAACGCAACGUUUAUAAAAAAUAUGGCAGGCUCUAGUAACAAAUAUACAGUUACAGAGGCGUUAUUAAUUGUAACAGAUGAAAGUUGGACUCCAUGUAUCCCCAUUGACUCUGAAUCGGACGAUGAGGACCUGCUUAGACCGGACGAACCAGACCCCAACGACGAGAACGACGGUUAUCGUGUCCAGGGCCCUACUCAAGCAUCAGAAGAUGAGGAUUAUAGGGGUGAUGAGCCACAGCCAGAGCAUCUGCCUCCUCAGCCACAGCUUCCCCUUCCUCAGGCAGAGCCUCCUCUUCCUCAGUCUGGCCGCUUGUCUAGACAACGCACUUCUGCUCCCCUCCCUCGGCCACAGUCUUCAUCGGACACUGAGUCCCCUGUAAAGAGCCCUCAACCCAAAAGAAAAGGGAAAGCUUUCUCAAAGUCAGCGCAUCCAAGUAAGCGUGGUGGAGGUAGGCCUGCCACUCCAAGAGUCGGGGAGGAAGAAGAGGAAGAAGAAGAUAGGUGGCAUAAUAGAGAAGAGAAUGAUGAACGACCAGACCCAAUCUGGUUUAUGCCCACCAGAGUCCCAGGCCCGACAAUCGACACCGCUGCGUCAUGGUCUCCCCUUUCACUCUUUCAACUGUUUUUUAGCACUUCGGUUGUCCGCACAAUAAUUUGCAACACUAAUACAAAUGCUGCCAAAAGACUGCAGUCUGGACUGAAAUUCGCUUGGAUACCACUAACGAUGAGAGAUUGUUACAUUUUCCUGGCAAUUCUGCUAUACUCAGGGCUUGUCUCUGUACACGAGAGGGGCACCUACUGGAGGAAGGAAUGGCCAUAUAAUUUCCACUUCCCUGGAGACACUAUGACACGAGACCUUUGAAGCAAUCAUGUGGUCACUGCACUUGAGCAAACCAGAAGACGAUGAAGCCAACAACACUAAAAAAGGCACUGCAGAAUAUGAUAGACUUUUCAAGAUCAAGCCCCUGUACACUGAGCUUACCAAUGCCUGCAAAUCACAUUUCCAGCCAUACCAAAACAUCUCCAUAGACGAAAGGAUGGUGGCAUCCAAGGCGAGAAUAAGUAUGUGGCAAUAUAUGAAAGCAAAGCCCACUAAGUUGGGGUAUAUAUUAUUUGUACUAGCUGACUCUCAUACUGCUUAUACGUGGAAUUUUUUUGUUUAUGAAGGCAAGAGUGUGUUCACACUGUGAUGAGUGUGAUGGAAGGAGUCAGGAGCAGGAGGGUAAUCACUGAAUACAGAGUUU